ACCAACUCACUGAAGAUCAAACUUGCUAUUGAGUAAAGAAACAUGAUCAGCUGCUCUCUCUUGUUGGUUUUAUUCAAGCUGCUUUAUUCUGCAGUUCUCACUGCUUCAAGCCCUUGUAAAAGUCACUGUGGAGGUGUAGAGAUCCCAUACCCUUUUGGGAUAGGAGAAGGUUGCUACCUGGAGAAGUCUUACGAAAUCGAAUGUACUAACAAGAAUUCUUCAGGAAAGCUGGUCCCUUUCCUCUCUGCCGUUGGCAAAGAAGUUGUGAAUAUUUCUCUUCCAGCUGCAGAUAAUUACUUUACUUCUGAAUCAGGUGGGUUAGUUUAUUCUCUAUCAUAUGGAUCUGUUCGUGUCAAAACCAUGAUAACAUCUACAGAAUGUCUCAACCGUGGAAAAGAGUCUACAGAAUCAAUAAUGAACUUCACUGGUAGCCCUUUUUUCAUUGACGACACAAACAAUCUCAUAGCGGUUGGUUGCAACGCCAAAGUGUCACUCACACAUAUAAAGCCCAAUAUGGUCGGAUGCGAGUUGGUUUGCAAUACGAGCAAAGACCAGCCAAGCAACAACAUUCCUUUUCUCGACAAAUCAGGAUGCGCUAGCGAAAAACUGUCAUACACAACAUACCAGGAGGACUGUACUGGAAACAAACCAGAAGCAACUGCAUGCGAUGGAAACGGAUGUUGUCAGGUUAAUAGGCUUCCUAACAACGACCCUCAACAAGCUAUUGGUAUCAGAAUAGAGAGCAAUGAUAUAAACUCAACAGCAGCAAGAGAAGAACAUUGUAGAGUAGCCUUCAUUGCAGAUGAAGUCUACACUUUGUCAAAUGCGACAAAACCACGACAGUUAUUUGGUAAAUAUGCUACGUUCACUCUAAGGUGGGUGAUCCAGACGAAGAAUCAUUCUUUCAUGAGCUCUUUGCCCUGCAACAACACAAAACAUUAUCGCCAUUCUAGUUACUUGGUUGGGCCUGAAAGGAAGUGUAUCUGCGACCAAAGCACCAUUUCUGAGAUUACUUAUGCACAUUGUGCUUGCAAAAAGGGUUUUACAGGUAACGCAUACAUCUCAGGCGGAUGCCAAGACGUUAAUGAAUGCAAAGUCAUCCCCUACGCAUGUGGAGAAAGGAACAGUUGUGUUAAUACUCAAGGAGACUAUCACUGUGUGGCCGACAAGAAAAAAACAAUACUCAUAGGGGUCGGCUCAGGUUUUGGUGUCUUAGUUCUAGUUGGUGGAGUUUGGUGGCAGAAAUUUAUAAUAAAGAGAAGGAUAACAAAAAGGAAGAAGAAGUUCUUUAAACGUAAUGGAGGACUACUCUUGCAACAAGAACUAAACACAGAAGAAGGCAAUGUCGAAAAGACUAGAAUCUUCAGCUCAAGAGAGUUAGAGAAAGCCACCGAAAAUUUCAGCCAAAACAGAGUUCUUGGACAUGGAGGUCAAGGCACUGUGUACAAAGGUAUGCUCUUAGAUGGUAGAACCGUGGCAGUCAAGAAAUCAAUAGUUAUAGAUGAAGACAAACUACAAGAGUUCAUCAACGAGGUUGUGAUUCUCUCCCAGAUCAACCAUAGACACAUAGUCAAACUCUUGGGAUGUUGUCUUGAGACAGAAAUUCCUAUGCUGGUUUACGAGUUCAUCAUAAACGGAAACCUCUUCCAGCAUAUCCAUGAAGAGUCUGAGGGUUACACUAUGGUGUGGGGAAUGCGCCUACGGAUUGCUGUGGACGUCGCAUGAGCUCUCUCUUAUCUUCAUUCUUCAGCAAGUUCUCCAAUCUAUCAUAGAGAUAUCAAGUCAUCAAACAUACUACUAGACGAGAAGUACCGAGCCAAGGUGGCUGAUUUUGGAACAUCAAGGUCAGUAACCAUAGAUCAAACUCACUGGACAACGGUUGUUUCAGGUACUGUUGGGUAUGUUGAUCCAGAGUAUUACCGGUCCAGCCAAUAUACAGAAAAGAGUGAUGUUUAUAGCUUUGGAGUUGUCCUAGCUGAACUUAUUACUGGAGAUAAGCCUGUCAUAACAGUAGAAAACACUCGAGAAAUAAUAAGCUUGGCAGAGCAUUUCAGGCUCGCCAUGAAAGAGAAGAGAUUCUCUGAUAUUAUUGAUGCUAGGAUAAAAGAUGAUUGCAAACCGGAACAAGUAAUGGCAGUGGCAAAUCUGGUGUCCAAGUGCUUGAGCUGGAAAGGAAAGAAACGUCCAAAUAUGAGAGAAGUUUUUAUGGAGUUGGAGAGAAUUUGUACUUCUCCAGAGGGUUUACAUGAGGUGAAGAUGCGGAUUGAUGAAGAAGGCGAGGAAGAGGAAGAAGAAGAAGAUGAGAAUAUGAUAAACAUGGGAGUGCCUUGGAGCGUUAGUGUGACUGCUCCAGCGGUUGGUAAUGUGGCUUCACCUUCUUCUGAUAUUGAACCAUUGUUUCCUCGUAUUACAUGGUGACUCAAUCAGGUUAAAUUAGUGUUUAAUAAAUUUGAUAAUCUUGUUAUAAGUUAGUUGUAGGGAGACCGUAUGUUGUAAGUUUGAGUUUCAACAGAGGAUUUAACACAUUGUUUUUUUUCUUCUGUAUUUUAUGUGUGUUUGAGAUUAUGUAUUUGUAAUUUAU